GUCUCGGCGGCGGUUGGGGACAGCGGGGAGGACGGUCUCGUCGGCCGCCGAUGCUCCGCCCGGGGAAGACCGCAAGUUGUGUGCGCGCCCCGGCCCGGGAGAGGAGGCGCUGCCGCCCGCCAGCCAUGGACCAUUAUCCUUGCUACAGAGGAUGGGAAGCUGAUGCCCAGUAAGACUGGAGAUUCGUUCUUUUCAUAGACACUCCCCCUCCAGAGCUGUGGACUGCCUGCCUCCUGGGUCCCUGGUGCUUUCAGACCUUCCCUCACCCCUGCCGUCUCAAAACAGUUACUUUGGGUCCUUACUGCCCUACCCGUAAGAAGAUGGCAUCCAGCCUGACGUGUACCGGGGUGAUCUGGGCUCUGCUCUCGUUUCUGUGUGCUGCCACCUCCUGCGUGGGGUUCUUUAUGCCUUACUGGCUCUGGGGAUCCCAGCUGGGCAAGCCUGUGUCCUUUGGUACGUUCCGGAGGUGCUCAUAUCCCGUACACGAUGAGAGCCGGCAGACGAUGGUGAUGGUGGAGGAAUGUGGGCGCUAUGCCUCCUUCCAGGGCAUUCCCAGUGCAGAAUGGAGGAUCUGCACCAUCGUGACAGGCCUGGGCUGUGGCCUCCUCCUCCUGGUGGCCCUCACUGCCCUCAUGGGUUGCUGUGUGUCGGAGCUCAUCUCCAGGACCGUGGGAAGAGUGGCUGGAGGAAUUCAGUUUCUGGGAGGCUUGUUGAUUGGUGCUGGCUGUGCCCUCUACCCCUUGGGCUGGGACAGCGAGGAAGUCCGACAGACCUGUGGCUACAUUUCCGGCCAGUUUGACCUGGGUAAGUGUGAAAUCGGCUGGGCCUACUACUGCACAGGGGCAGGGGCCGGCGGCGCCAUCCUGCUGUGCACAUGGCUGGCUUGUUUCUCUGGCAAGAAACAGAAGCAGUACCCAUACUGAGCUGGAGCCCCCAGGCAUCACCAGAGGAGACGCGGAGCGAAGGGGGCUUGGAGGCUGACACAUCCAGCACCUUUCGGAAGGAGGAAUCGUGGUUCUAAUCCAUGCAGUGCUAAUGAAAUGAAACCCGAUGGAAUCAUGAACAUUCUGUAAGGUGGAAGGCUUGUAAAGGAAACAGAGAGUGUGGAAUGAUCGAGAAAAAUGGACCAAAGGCUAAAAAUAUUGCAGGGGUACUAGGUGUUUCUAUUCCACAGAGUAUUGUUAAUGUAGAACGCAUACACACCCCAAACAAAUCCACGUAUGCAAACAAGCGUUCUGAUUUUUUUUUUUUUUAAGAUAAAGACUCAGAGAUUCAAUCAAAAGGGCUAGUAGAAACAGUAUCACGUUGGGAAGCAGGGUAAACCACAGACGUUCCCUGUAGGUCAUGGCACUUCUGAAAGCACACAAGAACGUAGAGACAUACCCAUCCACACACCUGUCCACGCACAAACACGUCCAUUGUCUCAGAGACUGUACAAGAGGGUUAGCGGUGCAUUACUCCUCUGUUUUCUUUUUAAUAUACACUUAAAAAUACAGUAUUAUCACUUUAUAAAGCAUACAUUAAACCUAAUAAAUGGACCAAUAAGCCACUCUAUCAGUAUUUUGUAUAUCCUGCAUAAACUCUGUAUGCCCUCCAUAUGGUUUCAGUGUUUAUGCAGACAUUUAGAAGUAAGCCUUUGUAUUUCAAUAUUAUUCAAAAAUAUGCUAUAUUUCUCUGAGGAGCUUCUGCUAUGAUAUUCUUAUGAAGUAAAGGAAGGGGCAUAUUUCUGUCCAUUUUCCAGUCAUUAGAUCUUUGUUUUCUUUAGUCCGUUAAUGAACUGUGCUGUACCACCUUUCUUUCAAUAUUCAUUUUGUAAAACACACACAAAAAAGUGCUAUUUUGUUUGUAUUUGAAAAGCUCUGUGAAUAAAUUCUCUCUUUGAUCAAUAA